AUGUAUGUGAAAUGGUUUGAUACAGUAAUGUAAUACUAUGUGAUUUUAGUGUAUUUAGUGAAUGUCACUUUUUUACAUUUUUGAAUUUCCUGCCAGUUCCAUCCCCCAUACAUCCCGGAAUGGAACCUGGAACACGGAUGCUGGCAUCGGCUGGAGGAGAUGGCCGGGGACGCUGCAGGGGGGACAUCGCGGGAGCGCAGGACAAGGUAAGUGCUGGAGGGAUCCCGGAGCAACACUGCAGAGUAAUCCUGAGUGUAGCUCGGGGUUAACGCUUCUGGUACUGAAAGUUAAUCCCGAACUACACUUGGGAAUACCGCCAGGGGGGUUAAAGCUGAAGUCAAUUGUUUGAUUCAAUCACAGACUC